AUGGAAGCCCAACAUGAGGAUCUGACCGGCAGAGAGGCCUGCAAGGCUGGCUUCUCCGAAGAAGACUACACUGCCUUGAUCUCCCCGAAUGUCCUGGAAGGAGAGAAACUACUCAGAGUCAAGUUCAGCAGCUGCUUGGGCACCAAAGGCACGCAGUAUGAGACCAACAGCUUGGACUUCAAAGUCGGGGCAGAUGGGACAGUCUUCGCCACCCGGGAGCUGAAGAUACCCUCAGAGCAGGUGGCCUUUACCGUGACUGCAAGGGAACGCCAGACUGCCGAGCAAUGGGAUGCCAUGGUGCGGCUGCUGGUAGCCCAGACGUCAUCCCCACACUCUGGACACAAGAAAGGAAAGGCAGUGGCCCUGGACCCCUCUCAGUCCCCGAAGGACACACUGCUGCCGUGGCCCCAACAUCAGAGCUCCAGCGGGCUGAGGAGGCAGAAGCGUGACUGGGUCAUCCCACCCAUCAACGUGCCUGAGAACUCCCGAGGGCCCUUCCCCCAGCAGCUCGUCAGGAUCAGAUCUGACAAGGACAAUGACAUCCCCAUUCGCUACAGCAUCACAGGCGUGGGAGCAGACCAGCCCCCUAUGGAGGUCUUCAGCAUUGACUCCAUGUCUGGCCGGAUGUAUGUCACUCGGCCCAUGGACCGGGAGGAAAGAGCCUCUUACCAUCUCCGAGCCCAUGCGGUGGAUAUGAAUGGCAACAAGGUGGAGAAUCCUAUCGAUUUGUAUAUCUAUGUCAUCGACAUGAAUGACAACCGCCCUGAGUUCAUCAACCAGGUCUACAAUGGCUCCGUGGAUGAGGGCUCCAAGCCAGGUACAUACGUGAUGACUGUCACAGCCAACGAUGCGGAUGACAGCACCACAGCCAAUGGCAUGGUGCGGUACCGGAUUGUCACCCAGACACCCCAGAGCCCGUCUCAGAACAUGUUCACCAUCAACAGUGAAACAGGAGACAUCGUGACAGUGGCAGCAGGCCUGGACCGGGAGAAAGUCCAGCAGUACACAGUCAUCGUCCAGGCCACUGACAUGGAGGGAAACCUCAACUAUGGUCUCUCAAACACAGCCACAGCCAUUAUCACGGUGACAGACGUAAAUGACAACCCUCCAGAAUUCACCACAAGCACAUUUGCAGGAGAGGUCCCCGAAAACCGUGUGGAGACAGUAGUAGCCAACCUUACAGUAAUGGAUCGAGAUCAGCCUCACUCACCCAACUGGAAUGCCGUCUACCGAAUCAUCAGUGGGGACCCCUCCGGCCACUUCACUGUCCGCACAGACCCUGUCACCAAUGAGGGCAUGGUCACCGUGGUGAAGGCAGUGGACUACGAGCUGAACCGCGCCUUCAUGCUGACUGUAAUGGUGUCCAACCAGGCUCCCCUGGCCAGCGGGAUCCAGAUGUCUUUCCAGUCCACAGCAGGGGUGACCAUCUCUGUCACUGAUGUCAACGAGGCCCCCUACUUUCCCUCCAACCACAAACUGAUCCGUCUGGAGGAGGGCGUGCCUACUGGCACUGCUCUCACUACUUUUUCUGCAGUGGACCCUGACCGGUUCAUGCAGCAAGCCGUGAGGUACUCGAAGCUGUCGGAUCCCGCCAACUGGCUGCACAUCAAUACAUCCAAUGGGCAGAUCACCACGGCCGCAGUCCUGGACCGAGAGUCACUCUACACCAAGAACAAUGUAUAUGAGGCCACCUUCCUGGCUGCUGACAAUGGGAUUCCCCCAGCCAGUGGCACUGGGACCCUGCAGAUCUACCUCAUUGACAUCAAUGACAACGCACCACAGCUGCUGCCCAAGGAGGCACAGAUCUGCGAGCGGCCAGGCCUCAAUGCCAUCAACAUCACUGCCGCCGAUGCUGACAUGGACCCCAACAUCGGCCCCUACGUCUUUGAGUUGCCCUUCAUCCCUACUACAGUGAGGAAAAAUUGGACCAUCACCCGCCUAAAUGGUGACUAUGCCCAGCUCAGUCUGCGAAUUCUGUACCUGGAGGCAGGGGUGUAUGAUGUCCCCAUCAUCGUCACAGACUCUGGCAACCCUCCCCUGUCCAACACGUCCAUCAUAAAAGUCAAGGUGUGCCCAUGUGAUGAGAAUGGUGACUGUACCACCAUUGGUGCAGUGGCUGCUGCUGGCCUGGGCACAGGCGCCAUUGUGGCUAUCCUCAUUUGCAUCGUGAUCCUGCUAACCAUGGUCCUGUUGUUCGUUGUGUGGAUGAGGCGGAGGGAGAAGGAGCGGCACACGAAGCAGCUGCUCAUCGACCCUGAGGACGACGUCCGCGACAACAUCCUCAAGUAUGACGAGGAAGGCGGUGGCGAGGAGGACCAGGACUACGACCUCAGCCAGCUACAACAGCCGGAAGCCAUGGAGCAUGUGCUGAGCAAGGCCCCUGGUGUGCGGCGGGUGGACGAGCGGCCGGUAGGAGCUGAGCCCCAGUACCCAGUCAGGCCUGUGGUGCCCCACCCAGGGGACAUCGGAGACUUCAUCAAUGAGGGACUCCGAGCUGCUGACAAUGACCCCACAGCACCCCCGUAUGACUCCCUGCUAGUCUUCGACUAUGAGGGCAGUGGUUCUACCGCAGGCUCUGUCAGCUCCCUGAACUCCUCUAGCUCUGGGGAUCAAGAUUAUGACUACUUGAAUGACUGGGGGCCCCGGUUCAAGAAACUGGCGGACAUGUAUGGGGGUGGCGAGGAGGACUAG